AUGAAUCUAUUUAAAGCGCGUGAGAUCAGUGGCACAGCUUCACGCGUAAAGGCGCAUCGGAGAGAUCGAGAGACGCGGCCGGAUCUGAUUAACGCGGGACAUUAUCUCGACAGAAGUGCGACGGAAGAAAUGAAACGCGCUGAGGUUGUGCGUCUCAAGUUCACACGAGGGAAUGUACUCUGUGUGUUUGUGAGCCUGAGCGCAGGAUGCCCGUUUCGCUGCGUCGGCGGAAAGACGUGCGGCGCUCAGAAGUAAACAGCAGACAGAUCCGACGCCAGCUCGGAGAGCCCUGAUGUCUUCAUUUGGCUUUUGGAACUCGGUGAUGGUGGAUUUCACUCAGAUUACCGGCACGGAGCUCAGCAGCAUCCGGUUAUCGCGCGACUCCGUGCGCACAGACGAGGCUUCUCUGUAGAGACAGAAACACACAAACACGACCGACUUCACUUGGAUACUCUGCGUGAAUGGAUGAGGAACGGCAAUAUUUUUGGGGGGACCCCUCACGGAUACACUCCCUUUAAAGCAUUUUGGGUCCUUCGAUGCCACCCGAACCAUCUGGAACUGCGUUUAUAUGUGCACUGCAGGUCUGCAUGGGCCCAAUUUAAGGCUCCUUCCAUAGGAACUGAGUCUAAAAUGAAGUUAUGGGACGUUCUAGCUACGUGUUUGUUGCUCCUGAGCUCCGUAUCCGCUCGCCCUCUCUUCAACAAGCUGCAGCCUUCCAAGAGAGCACCUCGAGCAGAGCGUCGCAGUGAGCUGCUCGUCCUGGACCCAGUCAUAAACGCCCGUCUCGACACAGCCAGUUUGACACAAGCCUCUAUGGAAGAACAAUAUGACAUCAAUGGACUACACCCAGACCAGUUUGAUGACGUAAUGGACUUCAUUGCAGCGACCAUUGGCAGACUGCGGCGGUCUCCUGAGAUGGACUCUGAGGGCAGGGGGAAAGAAAACGGGAGGCGUAGAGGAGCAGCAAACACAGAGAGAGGAGCGAGAGGACGAGGAGAAAAGAAGAGAGGUCGAGGACGAGGCGGUAAAGGGAAUCGGGAUGAACUGAUCAAAGGUCAAGGGCGCGGGUGCCUUCUUAAAGAGAUCCACCUCAACGUGACGGACCUGGGGUUAGGUUACCGGACCAAAGAGGAGUUGAUAUUUAGGUACUGCAGUGGUCCCUGUUACGAUUCGGAGACCAACUACGACAAGAUCCUGAACAACCUCACCCAAAAUAAGAAGCUGGGCAAAGAGUCACCUUCCCAGACCUGCUGUCGACCCAUAGCAUUCGACGACGACCUCUCGUUCUUGGAUGACAGCUUGGAGUACCACACUCUCAAGAAGCAUUCCGCCAAGAAGUGCGCCUGUGUCUGAUUUGUGCGCUCGGGCAAGCGAAAAGACACUUGGACAAAAUACAGAAGUCUCGCACCCCACAGGGCUUAAAGCCAGUGCAGAGACAAAUGCUGCUUCUCGGAGGGAAAAGUGCAGGUCUCGAGUGCGUCGUUGUUUAUUCUGCACGUUAGAAACGAAGGAGUAAGAUUUCAUGUAAAACAAAAAAAAAAAAAAACAACCACCACCACAAAAACUUCAGGAAAAGUACUUCAGCGGCAGGAGCAACACCUCAGUAUUCACUGUUACAAAACCAUGUCAGAGUAUUCUAAGCAGGGAUUGAAAUGUAAAUGCUGUCUAAAUGGCAACAAUAACAUACUCAAUCAGCAAGUCGACCCGACAGUCUGGGUAUACACAAACUAUAACUUCGGCUGAGGGGAAGUGCGAGAGAUGGGUGCGACGGGUGUCUGCAUGAAGGAGGCUGUGGACAGCACAGAAUUGUGGAUCUUUAUACACAAAGUCCUUGUGAAGAAAUAGCUGAAUACGCCUAUGCGGACUAGUCAGAGCGUCCAUCUCACAACCCAGACUCACCCCGCAUCAACCGGAACAGACUCAUCACAAAAAUGUUUAACAUUC